UGCUUUAGGAAAAAAAAAAGUUGUUUACAUAACACAUGAGAUCAAUGUCAAUUGGGUUUAGUAGUUGGAAAAUUUUAAAUUUGCUUUGUUGAUUGUAGUCUGCGGUAUAAUGUGCAUUUGUACAACUCGCGUACUCCAAAUCACUCUUUUGGCACUCAUACAUAUUGCCGCAGGAUUUAAUGGCGCGCAAAUAGCAAAAGACAUCACUUUGCUGGAUAAACUGGUGGGUCACCAUCAUGUUAUUCUUACUAUAAGUUUAGCACUCUGUGUUAUUAUACUAGUUGUUCUCUUAGUUGCGAUAUUCGCUGCGAUUCGUCAACAUAUAUUGGCCUUAAACGUGACUCUCAUUUGCUUGAUUUUGAAGUGUGUAGCAAAGGGUAUUAUUGUAAUCGUGUGUACAUUAACCGCAGAAACAACUAUAGAAAAUACUGCCGCCCAUCUUUGGUUCAUUCUGUGCUGGAUUUUUACGGGUUGCUGUAUGAUCUUUAAUCUAUUCUUUUAUAUGCGGCUAACAGAGACUUCAAGGGAAGCUGCCUAAUUCCUAUAAAGAAUAUUGAUUGUGUUCUUCAAACGGAAAUAU